AUAUUUGUUUGACAGCUCUAAAAAUAGUUCCCCGGACCAGUUUGGCCUUAUCAAGUUCCAGCUGACUUCUACAACUGAUACAGGCAGGGGGGAUUUGUCAGAAACUAGGAAAAAUCGAGGAGUUCUCUCAUCGUGGAUCCCAAUUCAUCUGACCUGAUGGAGGAAACUGUGUUGGAGGAACCUAUCUGUGAAGAAGCCAUAUUGGCUGAAGAAAUCCCAGAGGUGAAGCCCGCAGCAAUGGUGAAUAAGAAUGGUGUGAAAGCGGAGGCUGCUACUGCUAGUGGGGGUGUUGCUAGUGGGGGUGUUGCUAGUGGGGGUGGAGGUGCUGCUAGUGGUUUUAGCGGCACUAAGAUCUUCACCUGGUUCAUGGUUCUGGCUCUGUUGGGGGUGUGGAGCUCCGUGGCCGUGGUGUGGUUAGAUCUGGUGGACUACGACAACGUCAUUGGUAAACUUUCAGCGUAUGACGCAGAUGGCGACGGUGACUUCGAUGUGGAGGACGCCAAAGUACUACUUGGCUUGACCAAAGAGGGCGGUGAAAUUACUAAUGAAAACGCAGAUUCCCUAGAGGAAAUCUUCGGUAUUUUAGCCGAGGAGGGCUCAGAUUGGUUUCACGGCUUCUUCACGUUUCUCUAUGACGUGAUCUCUCCUCCCGUAGAGAAGGUGGAGGAUCCAGAGAGUGAGACAGCAGAGGAGGAGGGUGAUGCUGACGAGAAAGAGGUCAAAACUGCUGCUCCCAAAAAGGAAAUGCUGAAAAAAGAGGACAAGAAAAAAGCUGAGAAUAUUGUAGAGGUUCCCGUUCCAAAAACAGAAAAGACAAAAGGUAGCCUACUCUUUAAUGGUGAUCAGAGUCCUGGAGAGGUGGCUUCUAAAAAGAACAGAACAAAAGGAGUGAAGGAGAGGCCGGUUUCUCUGGUGCAGAAGGAAGCCAAGGAAGAAUCUGCUGUGGAGGAACAAACCGAGCCCAUUGUGAAGAAAGUCAUCCAGACAACAGAGGGGACUGAGGAAGAAGGUCAGCUUCCACCGAACCCAUCACAGGAGCAGCAGGCCCCUGAAGGUGAGAGUCCGGACGCAGUGGGAACUCCAGCCAAAUCAGAAGAUGCAACUGAGGAAUCUUUUGAGGGGAAACUGGCGGUCGAGGCAGGAUCGUUUGAGGCAGAGGCUGCUGUCCAGGUAGAGGAAAGAAAUGCAGAGGACCAACCAGAGGAUAUGCUCAAAUACAAAGCCAAGAAGAAGAAGCCUAAACUCCUGAAUACAUUUGAGAAAACGAUCAAGGCGGAAAUUGACGCGGCUGAGAAGUUACGUAAAAAGGGGAAAGUGGAGGAGGCUGUCCGGGCUUUUGACACUCUAGUUCAGCAGUACCCCCAGAGUCCAAGGUGUCGCUAUGGGAAAGCCCUGGCCGAAGAUGACCUGGCAGAGAAGAUGCGCAGCAACGACAUGCUGCAGAAGGCCCUCAGCACGUACAAGGAGGCGUCAGAGCUGCCCAACGCCACGCCUGACCUCAUCAAGGCCACACUGAAGAAACGGGCCGAGCGUCAGCAGUUCUUAGGUCGUAUGAGGGGUGCCUUAGCCACGUUGGAGAAGCUGGUACAGAUCUUCCCUGAGGACAUGGCCCUGAAGAACGAUCUGGGCGUGGCUCACCUGCUCAUCGGAGACAACAAGAGCGCCAAGAGGGUCUACGAGGAGGUGUUGGCCAUUGCACCAAGUAACGGCUUUGCUAAAGUCCAUUACGGCUUCAUCCUCAAAUCAGAAAAUAAGAUAGCAGAGAGCAUCCCAUUCCUCAGGGAUGGUUUGGAAUCAGGGGACCCUGGCACAGACGACGGCAGAUUUUACUUCCACCUCGGAGACGCUUUGCAAAGAAUGGGAGAUGACAGUGCCUACAAGUGGUAUGAGAGAGGGCACCAGAGAGGUCACUUUGCCUCCGUAUGGCAGCGAUCUCUCUACAAUGUGGACGGUCUCAAAGCCCAGCCAUGGUGGACGCCCAAGGACACUGGCUAUAUGGAUCUAAUCAAGACCCUGGAGAGGAACUGGAGGACCAUUAGGGACGAGGCCCUGUCAGUGAUGGAUAAAACCACCGGCCUCUUUGUUCCAGAAGAGGAGAACCUCAGAGAAAAAGGGGAGUGGGGCCAGUUCACACUCUGGCAGCAAGGCAAGAAGGCAGGGGAGGCCUGCCACAGUGUUCCAAAGACCUGUGGCCUGUUGGAGCGCUACCCAGAGGCAACAGGCUGCAAGAGAGGACAGAUCAAGUUCUCGGUGAUGCAGCCUGGUACUCACGUCUGGCCCCACACGGGGCCCACUAAUUGUCGCCUGCGCAUGCACCUGGGCCUGGUCAUCCCCAAGACAGGCUGCAAGAUCAGGUGCACCAACGACACCAGGGCUUGGGAGGAGGGGAAAGUGCUCAUCUUUGAUGACUCCUUUGAGCACGAGGUGUGGCAGGACGCCGACAGCUACCGGCUCAUCUUCAUCGUGGAUGUGUGGCACCCCGAGCUCACCCAGUACCAACGGCAGACUCUCUCCCCCAUUUAAAGAAUGUACGGUAAAAUGACUGACAGACAGACUGUCACCUACUGGAGUGCUGGGGUUAACACUCAUAAGAACGGAAGGGUCCAUAGUAUCUGGUCUCUGUCUGUCCACACAUUCCUUCACAUUCGGCCAUUUUAGGUCAAAGGUGACAAAUGUGACACUUGCCCUUGCUCAGUCAAGGACUUCAUUUUGGAACCGUCUAGAAGAGUUACUGAAGGCCCUGUCAGAUUGGAAAAAGCCUUAGUGACACUUUGGAACACUGACUGCUAACUGUGGUACUCGCCAACUUGGUUUUUAGACCAAAAUGUGGACUUACGGUAAGGUGUGGGUUUAAUAUCACAUAGGCUGUGUUGUAAAUGUAUCACAAGUGCAUUCUUGUUUUUCAUUAGUCAACCAAAGUGCCAUGUGUCUGAAACAUACCUAACAUACAAACGGUAACUGAACAAAACUUUAGUAUUGCAGCUAGUGAGUUUACUGUUGUAUAGUUACUGAUAUCAUUUCUUAAAGAGAUCAUUUUCCUGGUUUUUAUCCCAAUCUUAAUCGUUUUCUUUCCUCAAGAAAAGUUAUUUUAUAAUUUUCAUGUUCAAGUCUUCAAAAACGUGAGGUAAGAACACAAAUAAGAUUAGAAUAACACGGAAAACUAUCCCGUUAAGAUGUUGCUAAGCUAGCUAAACCUCUGCUAGCUGUUGUUUCUCUAACACUUGAUUGGUUAUUACACAGCUCUUAUUGCAUGUAAUGGUCAUGCAUUAACUUCAUGUUACUUCCAUAGCUUUAUACAGUAAUCUGCAUCUUACUUUAUUUUGGGGUUCUAUUUUUACAGAUACAGAAAUACAAAUACAGAAACACUGCUUAUUAGGUCAUUCCAUUUCACUCGUAUGAUUUUCGCAUGUCACUUUAGAUUAAUGGAUGGGACAUCACAAUGCCAAGAAUGUUUUUAUUGCAGAAUUAAUAUUGUAAAAAAACAUAUUUUUGUACGCUGACAUAUUUUCAACUGUGCCUUGACCUGGGAGCACACACAGCUCAUUAUACUCAACAGGCUUGUCUUUGUCAUUUAAAGUCCUGCCAAACUCAUGUAUUUACAUUCUUAAAUGUAUCAAAUAUGAACAUUUUGACUGAAGGCAUAUAUUUUGUACAUGCAUAACAUUUGAAUGUUUUAUAAAAUGCUAAUUUACCUGUGUAAAAGUUAGGCAGGAGCAUGUUGAAUGUACACCAGUCUUGUCACACUGCAUUCCAAACCUGGGUCAAAAACAUAUUUCAAAUACUUCCCAAUACUUCAAAUGCGCUUAAUUUAGUUUGCCUUGUACAAUGGAAUAGUCCCUAAGAGGAGAAGUCUGAGCUAAAUAAAGUGCACUACAUAGGCUAUACUUGAGUAUUAGAAAGCAUUUCACCCAGGUCUGCUGCAUUCCAGGUAUAGCAAAGCUGACUAGAAGGGGUCUUUGCUUGACCAAUGUUGAUUUUCAAAAGGAAAAAGAAAUGCCGAAGCAUAUUCUUCUAGAUGUUGUUAUUUAAUCACUCUCUAUGUGCGUUGGUAAUCCGCUUCAUCGCAGCAAUGAAAUCAUGUCCAAAUCAGUCCAGUGGGAUUCUGCUGAGUUCAUGUGCUAUCAGAAUAAUCAAAAACUCAGGACUAAGAAAUUCCUGGCAAGCCCGACUCAUCAUAACUACCUGUUUCAGAUGUCCAAAACCGCUCAUACUGAUCUUACGGGUAGGAAAUACGAGUGGGAAACUGGGGUAACAUCAAUGUACCCCACAUUUCCUACUUCAGAGGAGUAUGUAAACAUAUCAUAAUGCCAUGGGUCGGAGUCAUUUGUUAGGACUAUUGGAUGUCAUCCUGUCUGCCCAAAAAAGGAUGAACUUUUCACCCAAGCGUGGCUGUCUGUCAUGGACAUGGGUGUCUUGGGGUUCUGUUUGGGCUGUGAUAACACAUUCAAGUUAUCCUCCUGGCUUCAAAAUAGUUUCUUAGUUACAAUGGGGUUGUAAAUCAAGCACGUUCACAAAAGCCACAUGGUUUGAGAAUUAUUUCACCUUUUGUGGUACUCUGUUAUGAAUCUAUCACUUUUUGUAGUGUUGAAAUCACUGAACUGUUCCAUCUGUUGUAACUUGGCCUGCCAAGUAAGUAAUGCAUCUUUCAAUUCUAUUUUGUAUGUUGUAAUUAGUUGCACUGAAUAAUUGUAAACUAAAUAGCUUCUUUUCAGUAAAUGAAAAAUGAGGUCAAAAUGGUGUCAAGUGAUCUAAACAUAAACAGAAAGUUGUGUUUAUUUACAUAGGUAGCUUAAUUUAUGUAGUGUAACAAUAAUGUGAUUCAUCUCAUUUGAAAUUAUACUCCGCUGUGUGAUUUUCGAUGACAAAACCUGAACACACACACACGUAAUGAACACAACACAUAACUUAAAAUACAUUUCCUAUACAUUCUUUUAAAGUUGACUUAAAUACAUUUUGGUUCGAUGGAGGUCACACUGAUAGUGCAGUAGCCCUGAUAAAUAUACAAUCUUGAAAUAUAUUGACUUUCAUAGAAAUGACAGCCCCUAAAACAGUAAGAUACAGUAGUUUGGCAUUCUGUUUGCGGGGCUUUUGGACAUUUAACUCGGCCAGUCAGUCUUUCCUAGUGGUACUGUUAAAACAAACAUUAGUUUAAUCAUUCUACUCCUAUCGGCAUUGAUUUGGAUGGCUGGUGACCUAUAGUUUUGCCAGUGAAAGUGGAUGGCACAGCUUUUGAAACUGGCACUGGCUCACAGUCAAGAGAUGAGGUUUUCAGUACAGUAGCUCCAUGUGAACAAGGGUUUAGUCUCUAUUUUGGGUUCGUGCCUGCGUUUUUGACUUUCUCAAAGUUCAGUUUAGGGUUUUGGAGUCAGUGGGGUUGGAAUCCAAAUUAGAGUGCUUUGGAUACAAUGUGGACGGAUCGGAGUGAUCAGUCCAGAGCCAGGAGUGGCUGUGCCGUGUUGUCCCUGUCAGCUUGCCGUAGGGUACCCGGCUCCACGGCUGACUCGGACCUGAGUUAAACAACAACAACAGUAAGAGAUGGUAAUUACUAUCAGCAGUAUAAUGGAGAAGGUUUAGCAGGGACCAGGGUAAUAUUGAUCAAAGAGAGAAUUAGACAUACAGUAUCUGUGGUCAUGAUGCAGUUAUAAUAUAAUACAAGACUAAACAUGGAUCACCCCUCUUAUUAUGUCUAAACACAAACUGAGAACCAACCAUUUGGGGGGGGGGGGGGGGGGGGGUAAUCCAGAUUAGGAAAAUAGCACACUGUUUUAUAUCCUAAAAACACAUUUGACUGCCAAUGGUAAAAUGCAUGACAAAACUCCUCAACUCUCAUAUCCAUGCAUCAACACAAAGCCUCCCUGUGUUGUCUCAUUUAGCUACCAGGAAAUACUCAUAAUAUGCUAGGUUAUGACUAGUCCAUUAAAGAUGAGCUCAACAACCCAGCUCAGGAGGGCAAUCCAAUGGGGAUAAAGCUAGACUAAAUCCCUGAUUCUCUGUGCUGUUUAGAGCACUUUAACGCCAGUGGGGGAGCUUAGCGCUCCACUCCCCUCCCCUCAUCUCCCCCUGUAAGCCCACUGAUUAAAAUCACCAGUAGAUGAAUAUGGAGCCUACCCAGAGCUCUCUCUGCUAAGGAAAGAGACGGUGGCACAAACAUGUCCUUCUGUCUACUGAGAUUUAGAUAUUCCAAAUUUAGCUUGGUUUAAUAUCUUUCAGAUUUGAUAUGAUGGUGAGAUUUGCAUUGCAUUGCAUGAUUACCCAUUCAAAUGUUGCUUGAAAUAUAUACAUUGAGUAUACAAAACAUUAAGAACACAUGCUCGUUCCAUGAUGGACUGACCAGGAAAAUCCAGGUGAAAGCUAUGAUCCCUUAUUGAUGUCACUUCAAUCGGUGUAGAUGAAGAGACAGGUUAAAUAAGGCUUUUUAAGCCUUGAGACAAUUGAGACAUGGAUUGUUUGUGUGCCAUUCAGAGGGUGAAUGGGCAAGACAAACGUGCCAUUGGAAGCACUGGAAUCAACAUGGGCCAGUAUUCCUGUGGAAUACAUUUGACACUUUGUGGAGUCCAUGUCCCAACGUAUUGAGGCUGUUCUAAGGGGUGCAGCUCAAUAUUAGAAAGGGAUUCCUAAUAUUUAGUAUACUUAGUGCACAUGUAUGCAACAUUCAAAAUGAAAUGCUUAUAUGCCAGUGAAAGUUCAUGAUGUAUAGCUUAUGAGCCUUAAUGAAGCCUCCAUAAACCAUUUACCAGGUGUACAUACUGUAUACUGAAAAAAAAUAUUAACCCAACAUGUAAAGUAUUGGACCCAUGUUUAAUGAGCUGAAAUAAAAGAUCUCAGAUA